GGUAGCAGUUCAGGUUUGAGGGAAAAACUGCUACGUUAGACGGCGACAUUAUUAAUUAUACUUACCUAACGAUUAAGAAUGAAGUUUAUGUUACAGUAUUAAGCAUAGGCAGUCUUUCAGAUUAUGUAUUUUAGUUUUGUAUGAACUAACCUAGCUAGCAUGCUAACUAAGUGUAAGCGGCCAUCUAGAUUGCUAGCUAACCGGCAAGUUAAUCUAGCCAUCGUAAAAUAGCUAACCAGCUUCUAAGUUUUUAACAACUUUUCAAAAGUUUUAAAGUAAUUUCAGAACUUGCCAUAUGUAAGCUACUGUUAUAAUACAGAACUGUUUCUAACUUUGCCCGCAACAAAAGAUUAAAUGAAAAAUAUAGCUAACUUAGUGCUAACUAGCUUGAUAGUAGCUGUUGCUUUUAAAAUACAUUGACACUAGGUAUAUAAUUUGGACGAGCAUUGUUACUGGUGUUAACUUAAGCUGUUCAUACGGUUGUUUUGGAUUUCAGGAAUAGUAUUGUUUAAAGAUGCAGACGAUAAAGUGUGUUGUGGUGGGGGAUGGUGCUGUGGGAAAGACCUGCCUGCUGAUCUCCUACACAACAAACAAGUUCCCUUCUGAAUAUGUGCCCACGGUGUUUGAUAACUAUGCCGUGACGGUGAUGAUCGGUGGGGAGCCCUACACUCUGGGCCUGUUUGACACUGCAGGUCAGGAGGACUACGACCGACUCCGGCCGCUCAGUUACCCCCAGACGGACGUCUUCCUCGUCUGCUUCUCCGUGGUGUCCCCGUCCUCCUUCGAGAACGUCAAGGAGAAGUGGGUACCCGAGAUCUCUCACCAUUGCCCCCGCACGCCCUUCCUGCUGGUGGGAACUCAGAUGGACCUGCGGGACGACAGCAACACGGUGGAGAAGCUAGCCAAGAACAAACAGCGCCCCCUGUCUUUCGAGAGCGGCGAAAAGCUGGCCAGGGACCUGCGCGCUGUCAAAUACGUGGAAUGCUCCGCCCUCACACAGCGAGGGCUGAAGAACGUGUUCGACGAGGCCAUCCUGGCAGCGUUGGAGCCGCCCGAAACCAAGCCCAAGAAGCGCUGCAGACUGCUAUAGAGAGAGAGGGAGAGAGAGGGAGGGAGGGAGAGAGGGAGGGAG